GUGUGCGCCGGCGUAGCAACAGUUGACAGCGAGCAAUCGCGAAUUGAACAGCGAGUCUGCGAGAGCGAAUCGAAGCUUCUAGUUCGGCUCAUCUGCCAAUUUUCUCCAAGACUUUCCGAGAGAAGAAGCAACUCCAAUAUGUCUCUGGUACCGCUAUUGUUCUCCGACUGGUGGGAAGACCUGGAGUAUCCUCAUCGGCUCUUCGACCAGCACUUCGGCCUGGGUAUUCGCCCGGAUCAACUGGCGCAUCCGAGCAUCUUGGAACGCUUCAGUCAACGCGAUCCCCGGCGUGCGAGACCUUUAAUUUACUAUCGACCUUGGGGCGAGUUAUUGCGCAAUAGCACCGAAGGCGGCACGUCUACCGUGAAAGCCGACAAGGACAAGUUCCAGGUAAUUUUGGACGUGCAACAAUUCAAGCCGGAGGAGAUCAACGUCAAGGUUGUGGAUAAGUGCGUAAUAGUCGAAGCCAAACAUGAGGAGAAGCAGGAUGAGCACGGCUGGAUCUCGCGUCAGUUUGUACGCAAGUACAUGAUACCUGAGCAAUGCAACAUCGAGGAGGUGUCAUCGAGCCUGUCAUCGGACGGCGUGUUGACCAUCACCGCGCCCAGGAAGGAGAAGUCGGAGACGAAGAACGAGCGCUCGAUCAAGAUCGAACAUACCGGCAAGCCUGCCAUUCAGGAGAAGUCGAAGGAAGAGAAGAAGAAGGAAGAGAAGAAGGGUUAAAUAUGGACAUUUUGUGAAAAUGAUAUUCCUCUUAUAAUUCAUACAAUGUAUUAUGAAAGGUCGUUCCUGUUUACGCUUUAUGUAUGUGUGAUUUAAAUUUUUUUUCUUUUCUUAUUUUGCGUGUAGUAUGCUUGAAGCAUUCAUGGUUGCUCUUCUUUAAAUUCUUAUUUUUGUAAGAUAACAAAGGAUCGAAUAAAAAUUGUUCGUUGAUCUUUA